AUGGGCACUGCAGAAUCGUCUCAAUCGUCCGAAUUGGGUGCCAUUGCUGGACUUACGAAUCAAUCAUCAUUUCAUCGACAAUCACCCAAUGUUGCACGUUUAAUACGUAGUGAAACUUCAUCAAAAAUGGAAUAUGAAUUUCCAAUAACUGACGUUCCAACUAGUAGUUCGUCUCAUCAUCAUCAUCAUCAUGAUCAUGGCGGCGGUGGUGGUGUUGGUAGUAGUACCAGUAAUCAUUCGAUAAUAUCUGGUAAUAACAAUCGUCAUGAUCAUACAUUAUCACAUCUUACUAGUUCAUCCACGUCUCAACAACAAAUUAUUCAUCCGAGUCAUUUACUAGGAGCUAAUGACAACAUAACACAUUCGAAAAUUCCUACAAAUCAAGCAUCAAAUCUAUGGUUAACAUUAACAAGUUGUUUUGGUUGUCGUACACAACAUUCAAAUGAUUCAUCAAUGAAUUCCUUACGUGAUAAAGUACAUGCUAUACGUAUUGUUCGUGCAUCAAAUGAUCUAACACCGGCUGUUUUCGAUUCACAUUAUAAUAUAAUAACUCUUGAACAAUUACGUGAAUGCGAUAAUAAUGGAAGUGGAAAUAUGGGUUCAUUACCAAAUGAUUUAUCUGAUCCUUUAUCGUCACAAAACCCUAAUUCUAGUGGCUCUGCUCAAAAUGGAAAUGGAUCAGUAACGGCAUCAUCAAAAAAAGACAGUAGUUAUCGAUUAAGAAAAAAGAAGAAAAAACGUGCAGCACAAACAGCUGCUUAUUCAUCGAAAACAACGGGUUCAGAUGAUGAUGAUGAAGGAUUAGGACGGACGUAA